ACUGUGUUUCCAGUACUCACAACUGAAAACCCACUUUUGCCCCACCUGUAUUUGCACUUGUGUAACUCUGAUAUUACGUCAUAUGACCCUGCAACCAGACCCUUGUGAUUCCUGAUGUCCCUGGAAAUGACCCCCUCUGACACCUGCUAAUGCCUCUGCUCUUUGAAGACCCUCAGUAGGACCCGCAUACCUGCCCACAGACCUCGCACUCAGCUCUACUGCCUCUGCUCUGCUUCCUUGUCAUUGGUGUUCAGGGUCAACUCUGAAGGCAAAACAACCUUAAAAACGUUCCCUUUUUAAGCUUUAGUAUCAAAGGCUCAUGCCCUCCCUAGGGCAGUGGGGAUGAGGGUAAAUAGUUUUGGAUUCAAAGACUGUCCUCUCCCAUUGAUGUCAGGUCAUAGCCUCUGGAGGUGGUGCUGUCAACAAACUACUCUCUGUCGAAGAUGCACUGGACACCGGAACACGCCCAGCCUCUCAACCAGUGGCCAGAGCAGCACCUGGACGUCUCCUCCACCACCCCGUCGCCAGCCCACAAGUUGGAGCUGCCCCCCGGGGGGCGCCAGCGCUGCCACUACGCUUGGGCGCACGACGACAUCUCCGCCCUCACGGCCUCCAACCUCCUCAAGCGCUACGCCGAGAAGUACUCGGGGGUCCUGGACUCGCCCUACGAGCGCCCCACCCUGGGCGGCUACGGCGAUGCCUUUCUCAACGGCGCCAAGGGGGACCCCGAGCCCUGGCCAGGGCCAGAGACACACUACCCCUUGGCCUCGCUCCACGAAGGCCUUCCGGGAACCAAGUCGGGCAGUGGGGGCGGCUCCGGGGGCCUCGGGGGCUCCCCGGUUUUAGCCGGGAACCUGAAGAAACUGACCUCAGAAAGAAUGUUAGACGUUGGCUACUCUCCUGUGUGA